GAAAGUCAGCUGACUGCAGAAUUUAGGUGUAGAGGUGAUGAAAGAGAAGUGCUACCCUAAGGUUUUAUAAAAAAAAUAAAACCUAAUUUAUAAUACAUAAAAAUGUCAGGAAAAGACAAACUUGCAAUCUUUCCCUCUAGAGGGGCUCAAAUGUUAAUGAAGGCUCGUUUAAAAGGUGCACAAAAAGGCCAUAGUUUACUGAAAAAGAAGGCUGAUGCCCUGCAAAUGAGGUUUCGUAUGAUUCUUCAUAAAAUUAUAGAGACAAAAACUCUUAUGGGAGAAGUUAUGAAAGAAGCUGCAUUUUCACUUGCUGAAGCCAAGUUUACAACAGGAGAUUUUAAUCAGGUCGUUUUGCAAAAUGUUACAAAAGCACAAAUCAAAAUUAAAACAAAGAAAGAUAAUGUAGCAGGUGUUACAUUGCCUGUUUUUGAGAGCUACCAGGAUGGCUCUGACACAUAUGAACUUGCUGGAUUAGCCCGAGGAGGUCAGCAAUUAGCUAAACUCAAGAAAAACUACCAGAGUGCCAUUAAAUUGCUAGUAGAAUUGGCCUCACUUCAAACUUCAUUUAUCACUUUGGAUGAAGUUAUUAAAAUAACAAACAGAAGAGUAAAUGCCAUUGAGCAUGUUAUCAUUCCACGUAUUGAACGUACAUUAGCGUACAUUACAUCUGAGUUAGAUGAGUUGGAAAGAGAAGAAUUCUACCGUCUGAAAAAAAUCCAGGACAAGAAAAAAGCUGCAAAGGCAAUAAAGGAAGCAUUCGCUGCGGAAAAUAAGUUGAACGAACGAAACCAACAACAACCUGUUAAUCUCUUGGAAGAAGGAGAUGAAGAUUUGUUGUUUUAAAUAGAAAUUGUUGCUUUUACAGUUGGACAGUAUUUGCAUAUUAUAGAUACUCGUUAGUUAUCAUCUGUAAAUAAUGGUUAUUAUUUUUCUUUAUCUUAUUCUAAGCUUGGUGGAAGUGAUUGAAUGUUAAAUGAAAUUCACUGUUCAUAGUAUGUUAUCCUCAUAUAACGAAUAUGUAUUCCAAGUCGCAAUAAAAAACUUUUAAGUGGUUA